AUGACUACUGAAUCGUAUGACUUCAAUGAUACUGUCUAUGUGAGAAACAUAAAUGAGAAAGUAUCAAUCAAUACAAUAAAGUCAAAACUAUCAGAACUCUUUGAGAAAUAUGGCCCAAUACUGAGUAUAACGGCACACAAGAACCUCAAAAUGAGAGGACAGGCGUUUGUCGCUUUGGAAGGUGAAGAACAGGCAAAGAAGGCAAUUGAAGAGUUGAAUGGAACACAAUUAUUUGAAAAAAAAUUGGAGUUAGCUUUUGCAAAAAGUAGUUCAAAUGCGUCAGUGGAGAAUAAACUAGUAGGGAAAGAAUAUGAAGAGUACUUGAAUAAACGUAAGCUACAUAAAGAGGAAGAAGAUAAGAAGAAGGAACAACAACCUGUCAAGAGACCUAAAGUUAAACUUGAAAACUUACCUCCAAAUAAAAUUCUAUUAGUACAAGGUCUACCUAAAGAAGUUACGAAAGAUGAACUUGUUGAAAUAUUUGAAAAAUUUAGUGGAUUUGUGGAGGUAAGGUUAGUUGCUGUGAGAGGUGUUGCAUUUGUUGAAUAUGAGAAAGAUCAAGAUGCUAUUCCUGCCAAAGAACAAUCAUCAGAUUUGACAAUAAGAGAUACAAAACCAAUAGUAAACUUUGCAAAGAAAUGA